UUCAGCUCAGAGAGAAAGACAGAAGUGUUGUGAAGCUGCAGUGAUCUCUCUCUCUGUGUGAAAUGGCAGAAGCGAGUAUUUCAUGGGCUCAGGAUCAGUUCAUGUGUUCAGUGUGUCUGGAUCUACUGAAGGAUCCAGUGACUGUUCCCUGUGGACACACUUACUGUAUGAGAUGUAUCACAGACUGCUGGAAUCAAGAAGAUCAGAUGAGAAUCUACAGCUGUCCUCAGUGCAGACAAACCUUCCGUCCACGACCUGUUUUAGGGAAAAAUGUGAUGGUUGCUGAGAUGGUGGACAGACUGAAGAAGACGAGAAUCCAAGUGACUUCAGAUGUGGAGUGUGACGUCAGACGACUGCAGGAGAUGAUCUGCCCUCAACACCAUAAAAUGAUGGAGAUUUACUGUAUUCAGUGUCAGAGAUGUAUCUGUUUGUUGUGUUUGGAUGAACACAGAAGUCAUGACACUGCAUCAAUUUCAGCAGCAAACACAGAGAAACAGAGUCAGUUGGAAGAAACACAAAUUAAACUCUGGCAGAAGAUUCAGGAGAAAGAGAGAGACCUUCAGAAGCUCAGAGAGAAUGUGACGUCUCAUAAGCGAUGUGCACAGACAGCAGUGGAGGACUGUGAGAUGAUGUUUGCUCAACUGAUCUCAUCCAUUGAGAAAAGAAGCUCUGAAGUGACACAGCUGAUCAGAGAUCAGGAGAAGACUGCAGUGAGUCGAGCUGAAGGACUUGUGGAGCGACUGAAGCAGGAGAUUGAAGAUCUGAAGAGAACAAACACUGAGCUGGAGAAGCUUUCACAAACACAAGAUCACAUUCAGUUUCUCCAGAGUUUCCAGUGUCUCUCUGUCUCUGGUUCAACAGAAAACACCAGUGUCACUUCUGACGUCUCUUUUAAUGAUGAUGUUGUGAAAUCUGUGUCUCAAUUCAGAGAGAAACUGCUGCGUUUCUGUGGAGAGGAGAUACACAAGAUUUCUGCGACAAAUGUGCAGAUCGGUCUGACCCCUGAACUCAGAAGCAGGAGGGAAUUGUUACAAUAUAUCCGUCAGUUCACACUGGAUCCAAACACAGUGAAUCAUUUUGUCAGUCUUUCUGAAGGACACCGAGUGGCAACGUACACUGUUUCAACCCGGCAGUAUCAAUAUCAUCCAGACAGAUUUGACAGCUGGACUGAGGUCAUGUGUAGAGAUGGUGUGAGUGGACGCUGUUACUGGGAGGUGGAGUGGAGUGGACAGGGUCGAUUAGGUGUUGAUAUAGCAGUGGCAUAUAAGAGCAUCAGUAGAAAAGGAAAUGGUCUUGAGAGUGCAGUCGGGCGUAACGAUCAGUCCUGGAGUUUGUUCUGUUCUCCAUCCCAUUAUUCAUUCUUUCACAAUAACAUGGAGACCAUUCUUCCACCUGUCCAGAGUUGUUCUAGAGUAGGGGUGUAUGUCGAUCACAUGGAAGGAGUGUUGUCCUUCUACAGCGUCUAUCCCAAAAUGAGUCUCAUCCACAGCGUUCACACCACAUUCACUCAACCCCUCUAUGCUGUGUUUGGACUGGACGAACACUCUGCAGUCAAACUUUGUUUUCUUGAAAUGUAAAUGGUGCAAAUGCAAUCCAGCAAAUGUUUUUUGAUACGUCAAGUGUCGAGUCUAUGACAUUAGUGAUGAAAAUGUUUGAUGUUUUUUGUUGCUAAACAUUGAAUGAACAAACAGUGCCUGAACUUGUAUCAUGGCUUCAAAAAAUUCAAGACAUGAUUCUUCUAUUGUGAAUGUUAAUGACAUUUUUAUAAACAUUAUCAGUAGAUUAUGAAAAUCACAAAGUUUGCGCUUGGGAUUAAUUUUUGUAUAUUACAAAAUCUUUACAUGGCCUAGGUGUAUGUUAUGCUUUACGAUGAUUUAUCCUGUGGAAAAUACAUUGAUUUGUUUCUGUCUUGGAGGAAAAUACGGGAAUUGUUUGUACGCAUUUAUGCAGAAGGAUUUUCUAUAUGUUCUAUCUUAUUUGUCAAUGGAAAUUCUUAUAUUCCAAAACAACUUAUUUUUUACAGUAAUGAUGAUUUAAACAUGGUAUAUGGCAGGGGUGGCGAACCUGUUUGGCAUGAUGAGCCAAAAAAUAUUCCUUAUCAAUGCAAAGAGCCACAUAUAUGGAAAAAAAUAUUAACAAGAACUUUUACACAAAAAUUACGCAAAUAAGCCUUUAUAAGACUACCGUUUUUAACAUUAGUGUGACACCUGGCAGUCUUUCAUUUCCACAAUACUUUUUAGGUUUGGCUUGUAUUCAGUUGUUGCCACUCGCAGUAACUCUUUCACAUGUCUGUCAGUAAGAACAGAGCGAUGCUUUGAUUUGACUUGUUUCAGUGUGGAAUAAAGUGAUUCACAGAUGUAAGUCGACCCAAACAUUGACAACAGCUUGAGUGCUGCCUGUUU